GUAGAAGCCUCUAGGACCCAGCGGACAGACGGAGCGCAGGCAGGCUGAGCGGCUGAGUCACUGCAUGUGUCUGAGGCAGUCAGAAACAGAGCAGAGCAGGAGCAGAGGUGAUCUCACACUCAUCAGCACAGGAUAACACAACCAUGAUGGGUUGACUGGGGGAGCGCUCCAGAGGAAGUGUGCAUUCGGCCACCGCUCGCUCUGCCAUGGAGACCAACAAAGUUCUUCAUUUUGUGCCUUCGGAGGCGCCUCCUUCUGGGAUGUCCAAGAAUGGAUACUUUUUUCAAGAAAUGGAGCAGCGGGAGGCGGAGCAGGAGGAGGGCAGCGAGGGCCGAGAAGAGGGACAGGACUCUCCCAUCGCCAGCGGAGAUGACAUCCACCUGUAUGAGAAUCAGAUCAGCCCUGGCCCAGAUGCUGAUGACUCUGGAUGUGUGUUACUCAACACAUCACGAAGGUAUGUGAAGUUGAUGAACUUUGAGGAGGAGGUGCGGGCGCACAGAGACCUGGAUGGCUUCCUGGCCCGGGCGAGUAUCCUCCUGGACGAGACGGCGGCAUCUCUGGACGACGUGCUCAAGAGGAUGCUGCAUCACGUGGCCCAGGACUCCCACACCUCGGAGCCCGGAUGCAACUUCGAGGAGGUCAUGAGCAUGUUGUUCACCGACGCCGGAGCUCAGGAGGUGAACGUUCACCUGCUCUCAGAGACCAUCCAGGGAGUGACAGCCACAGCAACAGGAGUCAGAUACCAGCAGUCGUGGCUCUGCAUCCUCUGUAACGUCAAGAGUCUACAGCGACGUCACGUGUGCAUCUCGCGCCUGGAGCGGCCACAGAACUGGGGGGAAAACUGCUGUGAAGUCCGCUAUGUCAUCCUGGUCCUGGCCCCACUCAAAAUGAAAAGCACGAAGACCGCGAUGGAGCUGGGCAGGACAUUCGCCACUCUGUUCUCCGACAUUUCGUUCAGGCAAAAGCUUUUAGAGACCAAGACGCAGGAGGAGUUUAAGGAGGCACUGGUAUUUCAGAGGCAACAGCUGACAGCCACCAACACUCUGCCUAUUCCUCUGGGCAUGGAGGAGACGGACCCCCGCAGCCAGAAGCCCCUCAAGUGCAAAGAUUUCUUCAAAGCCGGUCGAGGGAUUUAUGAAGACUUCUGCCGGAGACUGCCUUUCUACAUGUCAGACUUCACAGAUGGUAUCGUUGGCAGUAAUAAAACGUUGCUCAAGUACAUGACGACGGCCAUCUUCCUCUACAUCGCCAUCCUCCUCCCUGCCAUCGCGUUCGGCUCGCUCAACGAUGAGAGCACGCGUGGAGAGAUAGAUGUCCGUAAGACCAUCAUUGGGCAGAGCAUCGGAGGGGUCAUUUAUUCUCUGUUCGCUGGAUCUCCUCUAGUCAUCCCUCUGACCACUGCCCCUCUAGCCAUCUUCAUCAGUGUUAUUCGAGGUAUAUGUGACGACUACAACCUGGACUUCCCAGCAUUUUAUGCUUGCAUCGGCCUCUGGAACUGCUUAUUCCUUAUACUGGGAGGCAUCUUCAACCUUAGCCUACUAAUGAAGCUCUUUAAAAGGUCGACAGAGGAGGUCAUAGCAUUGUUCAUUUCAAUUGCAUUCGUGGUUGAUGCAGUAAAAGGCACAGUUAAAAUUUUUCAGAGGUACUACCAUCCUCCAACACUAUCGAACAGAAGUGUGGACCUGCACCGGAGCGUGGAUGCGAUGGUAGCGAACAGGAGCAGUGUAGCAGCCGGCUUUGCUCUGAACGCGCUCCCAGAAUCCAUCAUUCACUGCAGUCGUGAGCGGCCGCUGCUGUGUAUGCUGCUGAUGCUGGGCACUUUAUGGAUGGGCUACACCCUGUACCAGUUCAAACGCAGUCCCUUCCUGCAUGCCAAAGUGAGGGAGGUGCUGUCGGAUUGCGCCCUACCCAUCUCCGUUCUCAUGUUCUCCUUCAUCGGCUCCUACAUCUUCAGUGACAUUGAGCUUCCUGUGUUUAAAGUUCAUAAUCGGCCGAUCUUCAACGUGGCUCCUUUUGAGCGUCUGUCGGCACUCAACGUGGUCAGCGCCAUGGGGCUUGGUUUUCUGCUGGCACUGCUCAUCUUCAUCGACCAGAACAUUGUUGUGUCACUGACAAAUGCACCGGAAAACAGGCUGCUGAAGGGCACAGCCUACCACUGGGACCUGAUGCUCUCUGGCCUCAUUAACAUCCUGAUGUCGGUGAUGGGGUUGCCGUGGAUGCACGCAGCUUUCCCUCACUCCACACUGCACGUGCGGCAGUUGGCCUUCGUGGAGCAGCGCGUUGAAGGCGGACACCUCUACGAGACUAUUGUCCAGGUGAAGGAGACCCGGUUGACGUCUCUUGCUGCAAACAUCUUCAUCGGAGUGUCGGUGCUGCUUCUGCCCGUCCCGCUGCAGUGGAUCCCUAAACCCGUCCUGUAUGGCCUCUUCCUCUACAUCGCUCUCACCUCCAUCGACGGCAACCAGAUGUGUGACCGCAUGGCGCUGCUACUCAAGGAGCAGACGUCGUACCCUCCCACCCACUACAUCCGCAAAGUGCCCCAGAGGAAGAUCCACUACUUCACUUUCCUCCAGAUGAUGCAGCUGCUGGUACUGUGCACGUUCGGCAUGUACCCCAUCCCAUACAUGAAAAUGAUCUUCCCUCUGGUCAUGAUCCUGCUAAUCCCAAUCAGGAACAAUGUUCUUCCUCAUAUCAUUGAGGCCAAAUACUUGGACAUAAUGGAUGCUCAGCACAUGUAGCUGCACAGAGGGACCGCUGUGGAAAAACAAAACAAAAAAAAAGAGGAUUUAAAAAAGACACUUUUCAAUGCAAAACUGUUAUGGAAGCAAAAAGGAAACAUCGACUGUUUAGAUUUUUGAUAAAGAACAAUCUACAGGUGAAGCACUGGAAAUGAGAGCUGAGUCAAACAGAAAGACACAAUCGGAGGCACCUCCCAGUUUCACCUGUGUUUGACCAUCUGCUCCUUCAGUGCCAUAUACCUCCAUGCUCCUCUCUCAUUCCUUACUUUACAUGCUACAUUUUACACUCGCUUACCCGCCCCACGACUCACCACCGGCCGUGCAAGUCCAGAACGCUGUCAGGAAGCUAUUGAAAACAGGUGCAAUGUAACAACCAAUAAGCUUUUUUCUUUCAACUCUUUGCACUCUGCGUUUUUACACUGGUCCAUUAGAAAACACUUGCACGGUCUGGUCUGUGUGAGUGUGCGAAACAAUCUUUUAUAUUUGUGUCAUUGUUCAGUGUUAAAUUGACAUUCCUCCACCUUUUAGCUGUGAAGGACGCUGAUGUCUGCUUAGGUAAGUCAUUCUAAUAGAGUCAAUAUUAAACAGGGAGGAGUGAGUUUGUCCACUGCCACCAAACCUCAUUUUUAAGGUGGAAUUUACCUGAUACAUUCCACACAUACACUAUAUUACCUAGAUGUAAUUAUUUAGACAGACAGCACAAACCAAAACAUAUAGUUAUUAUUAUUAAAUCUUUAACAAAUUAUAAAUAUAUAGAGUAUAUUAUUGCAAUAUGACAAACUAUUUUAGGUUGGCUUGAGAUAGAAAUAUUUAUUUUAUCUUUAAAGGCAAUGUUGUUGUUGGACAGAGAUUACUUUUUUCUAUUUGUCCAUAGUUUAAUGUAUUUUGGGUGUCUGUUUUUCCCCUCGUUUUUCAUGUUAUGUCAUCUGCCCUUCAGUUUUGGGAACAAAAAAAUGUUAAAGAUGUGUAAAACAUUAAAAUUAACAGGUUUUGAAUUAUUGACCAAA